GCUUCUCUGUUUCUUCAGAGGAAGCAAUUGUUUUCUCCUCCCGAUGCCAAUUAUAAACAACGGUCCCUCAGACAAAGAACCAUUUGUUGAAGUUGAUCCAACUGGAAGAUAUGGCAGAUACAGUGAGACACUAGGACUAAGUGAUGCUUCCAAAAUUGUGUACAGAGCAUUUGAUAAAGAAGAGGGAACAGAAGUGGCUUGGAACCAAGUGAAGCUUGGCAACUUGAGUGAUGAUGAUCCUUCCAUGGUGGAUAGGCUUUACUCUGAAGUCACAUUGCUCAAAAGCAUUUCCAAUGAACACAUCAUUUCGCUUUUCGCCUUCUGGGAGGAUGACAUGAACAACACCCUCAAUUUCAUCACUGAGGUAUGUAGCAGUGGCAAUCUCAGGGAAUACAGGAAGAGGCACAAACAUGUUUCCUUGAAGGCUCUCAAGAAAUGGUCUAAGCAGAUUCUUGAAGGUUUGAAUUAUUUGCAUACUCAUCAUCCUUGCAUCAUCCAUAGAGACCUCAACUGCAGUAAUGUCUUUGUCAAUGGAAAUACUGGCCAGGUUAAGAUUGGUGACUUGGGGUUGGCAACAAUUGUGGGGAGGAGCCACUCGGCGCAUUCGGUUCUUGGGACGCCAGAAUUCAUGGCGCCGGAGUUAUACGAGGAGAAGUACACGGAAAUGGUGGACAUAUACUCAUUUGGGAUGUGUGUGUUAGAAAUGGUAACAAUAGAGAUUCCAUAUAGUGAGUGUGACAAUGUUGUGAAGGUGUACAAGAAAGUAUGUUCAGGUGUGAGGCCUCAGUCACUGAACAAGAUUAAGGAUGCACAAGUUAAGGCAUUCAUUGAGAGGUGCAUUGCUAAGCCAAGGGCAAGACCUUCUGCUGCUCAGCUUCUCAAGGAUCCUUUCUUUCAUGAGCUUAAUUCUGAAGACUCAGAUUUCAAAGUUCUUGUUAUGGUGUGAUC